GUGGGCGUGUUCACGAUGACGCAAUGAGAAGGAGUUUCAAAACCGCCGUGACUACGCAUAUUCGAAGCCACACCAGCCUGCUUGCCGCCUUCGAAUUAUUGACCCAAGCACGCUGUAUUCCCUUCUACUAAACCGUCAACAUGGUUAAACAGGUCCAGAGCCUUGAAGAGUUUGAGGAAAUCCUGAAAACAAGUGGAGAUAAGUUGGUUGUGGUGGACUUCACCGCCACAUGGUGUGGACCAUGCAGGAUGAUCAGCCCCAAGUUUGAGGAAUUCUCACAUACGUACACAAACGUGGUUUUCAUCAAGGUCGACGUGGAUGAAUGUGAUGACGUGGCUCAGAAGCAUGGAAUCAGCGCCAUGCCCACGUUCCUGUUUUUCAAAAACGGAAAAAAGGUAGAUGAUUUCACAGGGGCCAACGCAGACAAACUACUUGAAAGGAUUCAGAAAUACUUAAAUUGACAAUAAAAGCUUUAUUCCAACCAGAAUCAUCCUGUUAAUUCAGUGCGCGUCUUGAGUCGGUUCAAUGAAACGUUGGCUUGACUUGCUCAGAAAUGACUUUCUGUGUGUGUUGUUGCCUGCAACGUUAAUUUAAUAAAGAAUUUGGGACCCUUCA